CGCGCGGCCGCCGGUGCAUGCGGCGCGGGCCCCGGCCCGAUGGCGGCCACUGCCGCCAUGUCCCUGGGUAAUUACAGCAGCCUGAACCGAGCCCAGCUUACCUUCGAAUACCUGCACACCAACUCUCAGAUUUUUGCAUGUCGCCAGUGAAUCCCCCAGAAUAACACCUCUUGAAGAAGAGGCAAAGCCACUUUUUAAAAUGAGUUUCUUCUGAGCGUAUGUCUAGGAAGCACCAUCAGGAAGUUGUGCUUAGCAGGGUCAGGCACCCAUCAACAACUGCCUGUUGCUCCUACACCACGUAUAUGUAAUGCCACGUAUAGAGGAGAUGAAAGAGCUUGUUCAGCCCAAACUGGAAGAACUCUGUGGAACCACUUGGCAUUGCUUCAUUUUGAUCAGCUGGUCACCGACAUAAGAUUGUCUGCUGAUGUUCUGUGGAAGUGUUGACUUACUGUUAUCCAUCAAUUGAAGAACAAAUAAAGUGCAAGUUUAUCUUUUUGUUUCCCUUUUCAACGCAUGGAGGAUCACAGCAGUCUGCAGCAGUCCAAAGAUGGCAUAGAAACAUGGGCGACUUGGUUUCAAAGUAUUUUUGUCUGGCUCUGUUGGUAAUGAGAUACAUCUGCAAGAGCAGUUAAGACUAAUCUCACAUACACCAAGACCAUUGCAAUCCAUUUAUUUUCAGAAUCAGGAAAGUAAUGGGCUUUGAACAGGGGAAUAAACCUAAUAAUGGCUUCAUGUCACAUUCAGGUCUGCUCUCUAGCUUGGCUAGUAGCAGUUGCAUAUGGAGUGAACAGUCUGGUGCCUGAAGAUGGACAAUACUGAGUCAUGCUGUGGUGCUGUUUUUGAUUUGUGAAAUUCUCAUGUCCAGCUCCAGAAGACGAUUUUUAUGGAUUAGAAGACCAUGCAGAUGUUUGCAGUGCUCUGUCAGCAGACUGUGUUUGCCUGCAGAGCUCCAGAACUCUGUCCAUCUUCAUAAGAAGAUAAAGCCUGUGCUGUAGAAAAGACUGAAUUGUUGCUGCUGCUCUCAAAACUACCCAUGAGUUCCUGUUUGGUGCCCUUGCUGAACUUGUAGAUAAUGCCAGAGAUGCAGAUGCCACGAGAAUAGACAUUUAUACUGAUCCCAUUUUGUGGAACUUUUAACUUCUGCUUAUGGGAGCAAUGAGUAAGUCUUCCCUUGCAGAGCGACGAGAGGACCUGCGAGGUGGAUUCAUGCUGUGUUUUUUGGAUGAUGGAACAGGAAUGGAUUCAAAUGAAGCUGCCAGUGUUAUCCAGUUUGGUAAAUCAGCCAAGCGAUCACCUGAGUCCACUCAAAUCGGACAGUAUGGGAACGGCUUGAAAUCGGGUUCCAUGCGGAUUGGGAAGGAUUUUAUCCUGUUCACAAAGAAGGAUAACACCAUGACUUGCCUCCUCUUGUCACGGACGUUCCAUGAGGAAGAAGGCAUCAAUGAGGUUAUCGUUCCCCUACCUACCUGGAACACACGGAGCUGUGAACCCGUGACGGACAACAUGGAGAAAUUUGCUAUUGAGACGGAGCUCAUUUACAAGUAUUCCCCUUUCAAAUCAGAACGGGAAGUGAUGGACCAAUUCAAUAAGAUACGUGGUGAGAAAGGCACCCUGGUGAUCAUCUUUAACCUCAAACUAAUGGAUAAUGGAGAGCCAGAGCUGGAUGUGACUUCUGACCCUCAAGAUAUUCAGAUGGCAGAAACACCCCCAGAGGGAACCAAGCCGGAGCGCCGCUCCUUUCGUGCCUAUGCUGCUGUGCUUUAUAUCGAUCCCAGGAUGAGGAUCUUCAUCAAUGGACACAAAGUACAAACCAAACGACUCUCAUGCUGUCUCUACAAGCCAAGGAUGUACAAAUACACUUCAAACCGUUUCAAGACCCGUGCAGAGCAAGAGGUGAAAAAAGCAGAGCACAUGGCGAGGAUAGCCUUCUCCAGACUGAACACCCCCAGCUCUCCCAGCCUGUCUCCAGAGCAGAGGAGCUCCAGCCCUUGGAACAUUUCUGUGGCCCCCUCUGGACUCAAUCCAGCAGCUCCAGGUCCUUCCUGUGCUGGGCUCCAGGGCUGGAGGCAGCUCUCGGAAGAGAAGGCUCGUGAGGCAGAGAGCAAAGCCCGUGCCCUCGAGCUACGCCUUGGAGGGGAUCUCACUCGGGAGUCUAGGGUGACACUGCGUCAGGUCCAGAACUUGGCCAUCACCAUGCGGCAGGAGGCUGACGUCAAGAAAAGGAUUAAGGAUGCAAAGCAGCGGGCACUGAAGGAACCCAAGGAGCUGAAUUUUAUCUUUGGAGUAAACAUUGAGCAACGUGAGCUGGACGGCAUGUUCAUUUAUAACUGCAGUCGGCUGAUCAAGAUGUAUGAGAAGGUGGGCCCACAGCUGGAGGGUGGCAUGGCAUGUGGAGGAGUGGUAGGUGUGGUGGAUGUGCCCUAUUUGGUUCUGGAGCCAACCCAUAAUAAACAAGACUUUGCUGAUGCCAAGGAAUAUCGACACUUGCUGAAGGCCAUGGGAGAGCAUUUGGCUCAGUAUUGGAAGGAUGUCGCAAUAGCCCAGAGAGGUAUCAUCAAAUUCUGGGAUGAAUUUGGUUAUUUAUCAGCCAACUGGAACCAGCCUCCAUCUAGUGAACUGCGCUACAAACGCCGGAGAGCCAUGGAGAUCCCCACCACGAUUCAGUGCGAUGUCUGUCUGAAGUGGCGGACUCUCCCGUUCCAGCUGAGCUCAGUGGAGAAGAACUACCCUGACAGCUGGGUGUGCUCCAUGAACCCUGAUCCUGAACAAGACAGAUGUGAGGCUGCAGAGCAGAAGCAGAAGGUACCACUGGGAACUCUAAAAAAAGAUUUGAAAUCAAAUAAGGAAAAGCAGAAGCAACUGACAGAGAAAAUCCACCAGCAGCAGGAAAAGCUGGAAGCUCUGCAGAAAACCACUUCAAUUCGCUCUCAGUCUGACUUAAAGAAACUGCCUCUGGAAGUGACCACACGGCCUUCAAGGGAGCACACCCGAGCUCAGCGCCCACGAUCUCCUCCUUUGCCUGAUGUCAUAAAGAAUGCUCCCAGCAGACCACCAGGAUCUUCACCUCCUCCCAAGUACUGCAGUCAGCUGAAAAAGAGCUCUUCAGAUCAUCCAAAUACCAGCUCUCCCAAGCUAGCCAGCAUGCUCUUCAAGGAGGAGGCCAGCACUUCCAGGACAUACCAUCACACUGUGACAUCUGGGAAGUCUAACAGCACUUUAAAAACUCUUGCCAAACCAGGUACAGGCAUGAAGCCCUUCUCUGGCUUGCAGAGCCCCAAAAGCCCACGUGAGACACCCAAUCCAAAAGCUGCCAAGGUGCCAGCAGUAAGGAAAUCUGCCUCUGGCAGAUGUUUACAGGCCUCCAGCACUCGAAAGAGGGCCUUGAACAUCCCAGAGGAUGGGUCUGAGGAGGAGGGGGAACCCAAAAAGGAGAGGACAAAACGAGGAAAAUUUUUGGCAGUGAAAGAAGAGAAGGAUUCCAGUGAGGUGGUGGUGGAGCUCACAGACAGUGCUGGAGAGGAAGAGUUGUUGGAACUGAAGAAAGCACAGAAAGAUAAGGGGCUGCACGUGGAGGUGCGUGUGAACAAGGAAUGGUUCACAGGCCGUGUCACAGCUGUUGAAAAGGUCAGGCACGCAAUCCGGUGGAAGGUGAAGUUUGACUAUGUCCCUACAGACACCACACCAAGGGAUCGCUGGGUAGAGAAAGGCAGUGAGGAUGUAAGGCUUAUGAAGCCUCCCUCUCCUGAGUACCAGGCUCCAGACACACAACAGGAAGAGGAAGUGGUCAUGGCUGAACCUUCUACCUCAGACUGCGUCAGAAUUGAGCCUGACACCACUGGUCCCAGCAGCAGCCAAGAAACAGUUGACUUGCUUGUCCAGAUCCUUCGGAAUUGUUUGCGAUACUUCUUGCCUCCAAAUUUUCCAAUCUCCAAGAAUGAGCUGAGUUCCAUGAGCUCAGAAGGGUUGUUGGCGUUUCCCUUGGCAUCUGCUGGCAUUUGCUGGAGUUACCACUCCUGCUCCUUCCACAGGACAUCUUGGUUGUGUCUGGGGUUUUUGAAAGAAUAUUUUAAGCAGUAUGAGAUGGGUCUGCAGAACCUGUGCAAUUCAUAUCAGACACGUGCUGAUGCUCGGGCCAAAGCCUGUGAGGAAAACCUCCGGAACUCAGAGAGGAAGCUGAAGGAAACGGAGGAGAAACUGCAGAAGCUUAGGACUAAUAUCAUGGCCCUUCUGCAGAAAGUGCAGGAGGACAUUGAUAUUAAUACAGAUGAUGAACUGGAUGCAUAUAUCGAGGACUUGAUCAUGAAAGGAGACUGAAGAGCUCCAGUACAAGUCCUGGAGAAGUGCAGAAGAGAUGGCUGCUACAGUGGGAGAUGUGGAUCUCUGUGCAGGUGGACUGGGGCAGCUGAUGAGGAGAGAGUUUUUUAGACAGCGCUCAUGUUGAUGUACAACUUGUUCCUGUGACUGUACAUGAGAAACAUUUGUGCUGUUUGCAGGAAAAUUUUUAACUUUGUAGUUCUCCAAAUCUCUUCCUUUUGUUUAUAAAUAUUUAUUUUUAAAAGAAAUGGGAACUGUGCCUGAUAUGAUGGGUGUUUUUAGUGAUGUAGAAGUGUGAGUACCCUUUUUGCUAUGCGAGUAUAUUCAUAUGCUAAGCCUGGGAGCUCAGAGCACCCUGCUUAGCUCACUGGUUCUUUAGUAAGAACCUAGCAGAAACUUAAAAGUACACCUUGAGUUGUGGCAGAGGUGGUCAGGGAUUUUUGUGGAAGAUACUGAACUUGGGCUAGAGAAAGCCAAACCAUGAAUUGGAGUUAGGGACAGGAGAUGUCCAUGUAUGAGUGUGAGGGGAUGGAACCUCGGUGGAUCUCAGAAAUUCGGCACUGGCACCUGCUAUGAGCUUCCUGAACAGGAGGUCUCUGCAAGUAGGUGAAACCGCCACCAUGGUAACAGCUGAGAGGCUGAGGGUUCUUAAGGAAGAGGAUCUACCUUCUGAUCUGCUUGCAGUGGGCUGUGAGCAUCAGAGAAAAGAAUGCUGGAGUUCACAUUGUCUGCUUGCAGUCACUUAAUCACUGACUUCGGCUGCUGUUUCUUUGAGACAUAAUUACAGUGUCAGAAGAACUUCUUGACUGCCUGACAAUAAAGUGACCCCUGUUCUAUAGUCACCCCCUCA